AUGACAGAAACGAACACGGCUCAUGUGAAGGCACUAGUGCUAGAUGCGACGCCUUUAAUUACACAACCGUAUUCACAUUACCAAAACUUUGCACAGUCCUUCUAUACUACUCCAACGGUCUUUGGUGAGAUCCGUGAUGCUAAUGCAAGGAAAAAUUUAGAGAUUUGGAAAGGUUUAGGUUCUUUGACGUUGAGACAUCCAAAGCAAGAAUCGAUUAAAAGAGUCAGUACAUUUGCCAAGUUGACUGGUGAUUACAUGGUUCUAAGUGCUAACGAUAUACAUAUUUUGGCACUAGCUUACGAAUUAGAAGUUGAACUGAACAAAGGAGACUGGAGGCUGAGAAAGACGCCAGGAGAUUCAUUGGAUCAUUUAAAGCCAAAGGAUGAUAAAACUAACAAGAAACCUGUAAAGAAACCAAAGGAGAAAGCCGCUGAUUCUCCAGCAAAAUCUUCUCAAAAACCCUUACAAGAUCAAGAGCAAUCCACCAAGAAGAAAAAUCGUAGAAGAGGUGGUAAGAAACAAAGAGCCAAGAAAGAGGAAAGAGAAAAUGUGCAGGAACAAAAACCAGAAGCAGAACAGCAACUGAAGCCAGAAACGCAAGAGGAACAGAAACCAGAGCAGAAGCAGGAACAACCUGUAUCCAACCAUGAAGCAGAGCAACAAGAAACUUCUUCUAUGGAGCCCUUGCACGAAAGUGAUGGUGAGUACGAUGACGACGAUGGCGAUUGGAUUAGCAUGGAUAAUCUGACAGAAGUCAUGGUUCGUGAUAGCGGCCAGGAUACUACAGGCUCCCAAUGGGUGGAAACUACUGAAGAGGAACGUACCAAGGCUCUAAAUUCCCCCUCUAAUCAACUGGCAUUGGCAUCUGGUGAUUUUGCAGUACAAAACGUUGCCCUGCAGUUAAAUCUAAAUCUAAUGAAUUUCAUGUCAGGUCUACGUAUCCGUACCUUGCGUAACUACAUGCUAAGAUGCCAUGCAUGCUUUAGAAUCUUCCCAUUACCCAAGGAUGGUAAGCCAAAACACUUCUGUCCCGCUUGUGGUGGUGACGGUACGUUACUACGUUGUGCCGUUUCAGUCGACGCUACUACUGGUCACGUAACACCUCAUCUGAAGGCCAACUUCCAGUGGUCCCAUAGAGGUAAUAGAUAUUCCAUUGCAAGUCCGCUUUCGAAGAAUUACCAGAAGAAAUACGGUAAGAAAGGUCAUGUUCACUCUAAACCUCAGGAGAUUCCAAUCUUAAGAGAGGACCAAAAGGAGUACCAUCAGAUGAUGUCUCAAGAUGAAUGGACAAGAAGACAUAAUGAAAAAGUGCUGGAUAAUUAUAUCGGUGGAGGUACUGCAGACAAUUAUCUUUCUCCAUUCGCCAUUCAAGGACUUAAGCACCACUCUGUUCGUGUUGGUAGAGGUCGUUAUGUGAAUAGCUCUCGCAAAAGACGCUCGUAA